CGCACUUGUCACUGAACAAACAAGAGCCCAAACAAAAGCACCACCGAUAGAAACAAAGGCCGAGUUUUUCCACCUUCGGCUUCCAUUGCAUCUCCGGCCAUCUCCAACCACUUUACGCCAUCGAUGAGCAUCCCCCAGCUCCGUCUCUGAUUUUCGUUGCCCUCUGGAUCUCACACCCUCCUUCUCAUAGAUCUCGCAGCUUUGUCCUGAUCACUCUCGCAUCUCAGCAACAGGCAAGUGACAACAAAGAUGGGAGAUAAGAUAUGAACACCUUGGUUAAUUGAAUCUAUAUUCAUCCUCAAAGCUAUUUGAACAUCUUCAACGUAAACACAAUGACCUUCUCUACUUUCAGAUCCCAAACCUAGCCCUACUGAAAUGGUGGGACCAAGGAGACACUUCCUCCCACUCCUCCUCUUUUCUCUCUCCGUCCUCUUCUUCUUCUCCUACUACCACUCCUCUCUUCCCCACUCCCCCCCAAGCCCUAACCCUAAAUUCACUCUCCUUCCCCAAAAUUCUAACUCUAACCCCAAUUUCACCUUCAUCAUCAAGGUCCUUGCCUUCAAUCGGCUUGACUCGGUAGCUCGCUGCCUACGUUCCCUUGCUGCCGCUAACUACCUCACUGACGAGGUCCAUCUCCAUGUCUACGUAGACCAUUUUGCCCUCGGGGAUCCCCCUUCAAACAUUGAUCAAAAGUUGCAGGAGUCGCAUCACAUUUUGGAGUUUGUAGAUGGGUUUGAGUGGAAAUUUGGGAACAAACUCAUCCAUUACCGGACUGCAAAUGUUGGCCUUCAGGCCCAAUGGUUGGAGGCCUGGUGGCCCAGUUCUGACAACGAGUUCGUUUUUGUUGUGGAAGAUGACUUGGAGGUCUCACCGCUGUAUUACAAGUUCCUGAGAAGUCUGGUUGUGAAUUACUAUUACAAUGCCUCUAACUAUCGUCCCUACAUCUACGGGGCAUCACUGCAGCGACCAAGGUUUGUCCCAGGUAAACACGGGAACAAACUACAAAUGGAUGAUAGAACACGACUCUUCUUGUACCAACUAGUUGGCACUUGGGGUCAGCUUCUCUUUCCUAAACCUUGGAAGGAGUUUAGGAUGUGGUAUGACGAUCACAAGGCAAAAGGCAUUAAGCCAUUUCUUGAUGGCAUGGUGACAACAGGGUGGUAUAAAAAGAUGGGAGAGAAGAUAUGGACACCUUGGUUCAUUAAAUUCAUUCAUACCCGUGGCUAUUUUAAUAUCUACACCAAUUUUUUGCACGAGAGAGCGCUCAGUGUCUCUCACCGGGAUGCUGGUGUUAAUUAUGGGAAAACAGCUGGGCCUGAUUCCCAUGUACUGGAUAAAAGUUAUCUUGAUUCAGAUUUUUGGGAUAUGCAACCAUUGAGUGAUCUUAAGUGGUAUGAUUUUUGUUUCAGAGAAAAAUUUCCUGACAGAGUUGUUGGGAGCCUUGAUGAACUCGGGUCUGUUCUUAAUUCUGUGCAGAAACAUGACACCAUUAUUAUUGUGAGCCUAUUUGGGGUAUCAGAGCUGGCAGUAAGGAACUUGCUCUGCCACUUUGAAAGUCUAAAUAUAUGGAACUAUGUACUUAUUGGCCCUGAAUCUGACUUCGUGUUUGAUCUGGCAAGAAGAGGACAUCCGGUGAUUGGUACAAACCAGUUCCUGAAGAGUGUUGGAGCUUACAAAUUGAUGUCUCUCUCCAAGAUUCAUAUGUGGAAAUGA